UCAGGCCAGAUAGUUGAGUGAAGGCUUCAGGCCGAUAGUUGAGUGAAGGCUUCAGGCCGAUAGUUGAGUGAAGGCUUCAGGCCGAUAGUUGAGUGAAGGCUUCAGGCCGAUAGUUGAGUGAAGGCUUCAGGCCGAUAGUUGAGUGAAGGCUUCAGGCCGAUAGUUGAGUGAAGGCUUCAGGCCGAUAGUUGAGUGAAGGCUUCAGGCCGAUAGUUGAGUGAAGGCUUCAGGCCGAUAGUUGAGUGAAGGCUUCAGACCUGUGUGCAGUGUUGUCUUUAUAACACAGAGUGAAGUGGUAUGAGUUUGAGAUUUUCUGUGUAGUACCAUCCUACACCUUCCUUCCCACAGAUAAAGAGGGAACUCUUCCAGAAUGUAUUGACACAGGUGGCAGAGCAGUUUUCCAGAUCUCUCUCCUUUUAUCUCUCUCUCUGCCCAUCUCUCUCUCUUGCUCUCUCUGUCCAUCACUUUGUUGUCUCUGCAGAGCGUCUAAAAUCAACGAACUGAAGACGGAGGUGACAAACCGCUUGGCGAUGUUGGAGAAGAGAGUGGAGGGGAUGAAAGUGGUGGAGAAGUGUGACAGCGACAUCAAGAAGCUCAGGGAGGAGAUGGCCUCCAUGAACAACAGUAGUCAUUUCCUGGAUGACAAAAAGAAGCUGACACCUCGGAGAGACGUGCCCUCUUACCCCAAGUACCACCUGUCUCAGGAGACAGUGGAAGCUCUCAGACAUCCCACCUUUGAUGUGUGGCAGUGGGAGCCCAAUGAGAUGCUGAGCUGCCUGGAGCACAUGUACAAUGACCUGGACCUGGUCAAGGGCUUCAACAUGAACCCCAUCACACUGAAGAGUUGGCUGCUUUGUAUCCAUGACAACUACCAGGUGAAUCCCUUCCAUAACUUCCGUCACUGUUUUUGUGUCACCCAGAUGAUGUACAGCAUGAUCUGCCUCUGCAGCCUACAGGAGAUAUUCACCCAGGUGGACAUUCUGAUUCUGAUGACAGCUGCAGUGUGCCACGAUCUGCAGCACCCAGGGUACAACAACACGUACCAGAUAAACGCACGGACGGAGCUUGCGGUACGCUACAAUGAUAUCUCUCCUCUGGAGAAUCAUCACUGUGCCGUGGCCUUCCAGAUCUUCUCUCAGCCUGACUGCAACAUCUUCUCCACCUUCGAUGCUGAGGCCUUCAAACAGAUUCGUCAGGGAAUCAUCACACUGAUCCUGGCCACAGACAUGGCACGACAUGGCGAGAUACUGGACUCAUUCAAGCAUAAAGUGGACCGCUUUGACUUCAGUGAUGAAGAGCAUGUCACUUGUCUGAAGAUGGUGCUAAUUAAGUGCUGUGACAUCUCUAACGAGGUGCGGCCCAUGGAGGUGGCUGAGCCCUGGGUCGACUGUCUGCUGGAGGAGUACUUCAUGCAGAGUGACAGGGAGAAGGCAGAGAGUCUGCCUGUAGCCCCCUUCAUGGACAGAGAAAAGGUCACCAAACCCACCGCCCAGAUCGGAUUCAUCAAGUUCGUCCUUAUCCCCAUGUUUGAGACCGUAAUGAAGCUGUUCCCUCAGAUUGACAAAGUGAUGAUCCAGCCUCUGAGAGAGUCACGAGACAGAUAUGAGGAGCUCAAGAAGAUUGACGAUGCCAUGAAUGAGGUGGAGAAAAAAAAAAGUGAGAACCUGACUAUGGGGAAGAAGAAAUGAGAGCUUGAAGCUCAAAAGUCUUAUGGUGGAGACGAGUCAGUAUGGCAUUCUGAUGAAGAGGGGAAACAGACCAAGCCUGUCUGACUGGCUGGAUGGACAAUCCAAAGCUUAUAUCAGGAAAUGUCGACUUGAACAGCACGGACUACUUCAGUGAACGAUAUUUUGAUUCUGUGUCUUGCCUUUUUUUGUUUUUAAAUGGGUUUUUUUCUUUCCGGGAUGUACAGAUUUUUUGUUGCCUUUGUUGUUUCCUACAAAAAUAAAUGUUUAUUUUAAAUAACCA